GCCCCAAUGUCAACAGAUGUGCUGCCUGAAACUGAAGCGUGGUGGUGGAGUGUGCUGCUGCUCCUAUGGGCGGCAGUGCCGGCGCAGCGGGUAGUUGACGUGCUCAAGGCCAUACCCGCCUCAGCAGACGGUGGGGCCGAUGCCGCCGAGGAGGUCGAUUCGGGCGGCCGCCCCGGGGAGCCCCUGGACCAGGCCGCCCAGCGGCGGCUACUGGGUCUGAUGCAGCGCGACCCGCUGCUGGUGGCCACGGGCGGCAUGAGGCGGGCGCAGCGGAGCCGGCUGCUGAAGCGGCUGGUGGCGGGGGUGGAGGCGGCGCGGCAGGUGGCGGCGGAUGAGCUUGUGGAGGCACUGACGGAGGACAUGGUUGCGGCGGUGGCGCCUGAGGCCGGACUCGAGGGUGGCUCGAGCCCAGAAGCGGACUGGCUUUACAAGACGUUCGCGUACGGGCCCAUGCCGCCGCCCUCACACGCGCCCGGGGUUACGGAGGACGGCAGCGGUAGCGAGUUGCCGCCGCUACCCCUGCCGUUGCCUACCCCUCUCCCCGCCGCAGUGGUGCAGCGCCACGCGAGGGGAGUGGCGGCUGCACUGGGUCGGCGCCACGAGGUGGAGGGGGCGCAGGGCCAGCACGGGGGCUGUGCAGGCGUGUCAGGUGAUGCAGCCGAGGGCAGCAGCAAUGACGACGCCGCCACCUGCGGCCUCAUCAGCCUGCGUGUGAGCGGCAACAUGUUGGCUGGCAGCACGGGAUGUCACGAGUGGGAGGCCAGCUUCGCUCUGGCGCAACUGGUGCUGCGGAGACCGGAGCUGUUUAGAGGCCAGCGGGUGCUGGAGCUGGGUGCGGGCGCGGGCCUGGUGGGCGUGGCACUGGCUCGUGCUGGUGCCCAGCUGGUGGCGGCCACUGACGGCAGCGCUGAGGCGGUGUCCAACUGCGCCGCCAACAUGCGCCUCAACCUGCACCUGUCGGAGCACCCGGUGGUGGAGUGCGGCCAGCCGUGUGAAUUGGCGGCUCUGGAGCAGGGUGUGGCGGUGUGCCGGCUGGCUUGGGAGGAGCCGCUGCCGUCCGGAGGCCUGCACUGUGACAGUGUGGUGGCGUCAGAUGUGUUGUACGACCCCGACGUGGUGCCUGUGCUUGUAUCACUGCUGGUGCGGCUGCUGCAGCCUAUGGAGCCGCCAGACGCGUCAGGCGCCGCUGGGGGCGCCCGGAUGGCCUACAUUGCCACGCUGCGCCGCAACCCAGCCACCCUGCAGCUGUUCCUCGACACAGUGGCAGAGGCGGGACUACAUGCGGCGGUGGUGGACGGCUGGGGUGAUCCAGGCGUCUCCAGCGCCGGCGGCCGACCACAGUCGGCUGUGCGGUUCCAUCUGGGCGUGUUGGAUGAUGUGUCCGUCGCCGACCGCAUCGUCAUCCACCGCAUCACACACUGAUCGACUGCUGAUAACCUGUGGCUCUUGAGGGACCGGAGCUACGGGAGCGCAACUGCGCAAGUUUAAGGUGAAAGCUGCUGAAAGGACGAAGGAAACGGCAUGCGUUGUCAGCGUGCCAGGCUCGCUGUACCACUCCCAGGGAUAGAGCCGAAAGACAUUGCUUGCCUGCGCAGCGGAUAAAGAAUCCAGGCUCUUGUACUUCACCAGAAUCCAUGGCAAUUGUCAGUUAGGAGGCUUUUUGUUUUGUUGGCUUCCAUCGCAGCACGCGAGCUAACCAACU